AUGUUACGAUCGUUUAGUUUUCCUUCCUUUUCUGGCUCAAUGAUGUCGGCCGAGGCAGUAAAAGUGAUCGUUCGCUGUCGGCCUCUCAACGAGAGAGAGAACAAUCUAAAAUGCUCCACGGUUGUGAAAAUGGAUAGUAGCAAAGGAUCAUGUUCACUAAUCAAACCAAAAUCACAUGAUCCACCCAAGAUGUUUACAUUUGAUGGCGCUUAUUAUGUAGAUUCCACUACAGAGACUAUCUAUAAUGAUAUUGCCUACCCUUUGGUUGAUGGUGUAUUGGAAGGUUACAAUGGAACUGUAUUUGCAUAUGGUCAGACCGGUUGUGGGAAAUCGUUUAGUAUGCAGGGUAUAUUAGAUCCUCCAACUCAAAGGGGUAUUAUUCCCCGAGCUUUUGAACACAUCUUUGAAAAUAUUGGAGCCUCAGAUAGCAUGAAGUAUUUAGUACAUGCUUCAUAUUUGGAAAUUUACAAUGAAGAAAUCAGGGAUCUAUUAGCCAAAGACACCAAAAAGAAAUUAGAAUUGAAAGAACAUCCAGAAAAAGGUGUUUAUGUCAAAGAUUUAUCAAUGCAUGGAGUACAUAAUGUAUCAGAAUGUGAACGUAUAAUGGGGACUGGUUGGAGUAACCGUGCUACCGGAGCCACUCUCAUGAAUGCAGAUUCUUCAAGAUCACAUUCUAUCUUCACUAUACAUUUAGAAAUGUGUGAAACAGACGGUGAAGGCGAAGAUCAUAUACGAGCUGGCAAACUCAACUUAGUUGAUUUGGCUGGUAGUGAAAGACAAGCUAAAACCGGUUCCACUGGUGAUCGAUUAAAGGAGGCAACAAAGAUCAAUUUAUCCCUGUCUGCCUUGGGUAACGUAAUUUCAGCUUUGGUUGAUGGCAAAUCAAAACACAUUCCAUACAGAGAUUCUAAACUUACACGUCUAUUACAGGAUUCAUUAGGUGGAAACACUAAGACCUUGAUGGUGGCUUGUCUAUCACCCGCGGAUAACAACUAUGAUGAAACACUUAGUACAUUGCGGUAUGCAAACAGAGCUAAAAACAUCAAAAACAAACCAAGAAUUAAUGAAGAUCCUAAAGAUGCUUUACUACGACAAUAUCAAGAAGAAAUUAAAACUUUACGUGCUAUGUUGAUGGGUCAAAUACCCAUGCCAGAAGGCGGCUUCACACAUGAUAGUGAGGGUACAGCUGAGGGACAAAUCAAAAUGCUAGCAGGCCCCAAAACUGGAUUAAUUCAACGUCCAGAAGAACAAAGAGAGGAAAUGGAGAAAGAAAAAGAAAAAAUUCGCCAGGAGUACGAAGAUAAGUUAUCAGAGAUGAAAAAUAAAUUUGAAGAGGAACAGAUGAAUAAAGCCAAACUUCAAGACGAUAUUGACAAAUUGAAAGCACAAUAUGAAACCAAAUUGGAGAAAGUGGAUGAGCAGUUUGAGCACAGUGGUGAGCUGCAUCCAGUUAAAGGCAAAGCGGUUGCACAUGUCUCAGGAAGUUCUACAAGUACUGUCCGUAAAGCAAACAGCACUGUACAGAAUGGUUAUCAAGCAUCUGACAAUAUGGGCUUGGGCUUGGUCAGCAUGGAAGGAUCCCAGACUGAGAUGGCUGGAUCAGUACAAGAGGAGAAUGAUUACAUUGCACAAGCAGAAGAAUAUCAUGAAGGACCAGUAGCACCAAAUUCCUCACCUAAAUUAGGAAGACCUAAUGCUAGUUCUACCAUGUUACAGCAUGAAGAAGCUCUUAAAAGACUGCAGAUGUUACAGGAAAACAUGGUCGGUGGAGAAAGAGCUCAUGAUGAAAACUUAAAAGAGAAAAGGAGGAAAAAGCUGAAGCAUGCUGAGAUGCGAAAACUAAAAUUAGCAAAAGCCAUAGCAAACAUGGAUGAUGAUGGAAUUAUGUUGAAUAUCUAUAACAAUAUUGAAGAGGAGCUCCGAGCCAAAAAUGCAUUAUUAGAGAAAGAAAAACAAUUAGUGAAAGCGGCCCAAAUUGAGAUAACUGAUCUCCAGUCUGAAUUUGAAUUUGAACGAAUUGACUACUUAGAUUCAAUCCGAAAACAAGACAGGCAAAUAAAAAUGUUUCAGCAGCUUCUGGAAAAGAUUCAACCCUUGAUAAGAAGAGACUGUAACUAUAGUAACCUAGAUAGGAUAAAAACAGAGUGUAAAUGGGAUGAAGAGGAGGAUAAAUGGAUCUUGCCUGAAUUGACUGUAAUGAAAACUUCACUGCCGUCAGGUGUAAUGCCUGGAUUACGACCAUCCCAGACAAGAGGUUAUGAUAGAUCACCAACAAAUACAGUACAGCAGUCUGGGUAUAAUGAUAGUGAUGAUGAUAGGUUUCGUAAGAAACUGAGUAAUGGUAAUGAGGCAACAGAGUAUUUCAAACCUAAAAGAGCAAGUCAAAUUCUUAGUAACCAGAAUAGGUCUGCUUAUGUUGAACCAACCUAUUCUAGUUCUAAUCACAUGAUGAAUGGUAACCCUGCUGUCAUGCCCAGCGUUGGUAGCGUCAAACCAAAUGGUGACAUUGGAGACUUCAGAGCUGCUGCUGUACAUGGACAACUAACAGCAACUGACAUGCCAAUGAGAAGACCAACGCGACUUGAAGCACUGCCAACUGGUGGGAGAAAGAAAAAAAAUAAAUGGAACACUCUAGAGAAUCUGUAAGACCGCCCUCUGUAGUUAGCAUGUCACUUCACACUCGUACUUUUGAUGGUUGUAGGUAUUAUUUUAUUUUCGAUUUCUAUGUAUUGAAAUUUACACACCAAUCUUGUUUUAUCAAAGAUAUAAAACAGAUUUUGUGACAAACUGUUUCUCUGACAAUCAUUUUUAUUUGCCAAAAAAAAAAAUGUAGAUGACACUAUUAUUCAAGUUAUUAUUAUACAUUUUUGACAUGUUAACUAAGAGGAAGUAAAAGUGUUUCACAUAAAUUGACUUUACAGACUUGUGUAUAUAUAGUAGUUUGUAUGUAUUUUUAUCAUCCAUAUUAACUAAGCAGUAACUGUGUUUUAAAGUGCCA